UCUGAAUUUCUUCCUUUCUGACUUAGGGCUUGGCUCUAGCAUUAAGCUCUUCCAGUUUCAAGAUGCCCUCCAUGUAUCAGAUCUCACUCUUUGCAAUCUGUGCCUUCAUCUGUCUCACACCUGGAGGACUUGGAAUCCCCUCUUCUGGCCUGUCCCCCAACCUACAGAAAUCAUCCACUCUGCAAUGUCGAAUGUGCAUGAUCAUGCACCCAGGAGAACUCUGCUUGCCUUCCAUUGCCUGCCAGAUUGUUGGAAAACACCAAACCUGCCAUCUCCUCAGUAUCUAUUACAAUGGGGAGCUUCAACAAAAAAUCCUCUCCUGCAAGCUCAAGUCAGCAGCAAGGUGUGGCAGCUCGGAUGAAUUCCCAGAGAAAGGCAUUCGGUAUGAAUAUCACUGCUGUGAGAACAAAGACUUCUGUAAUGAAAGUCUAUAGAGAGCUGAAAUGCCUGAAGAUCCUCCAUACAGCAACAUAUGUGCAUGCUCUUCCACUCUGGAUUUUCCUGUUUCCUAUCUCCUUCCCUCAGUUGAACUAUUUCACGUUGUAGCUUGGGUUGUGAUUAGAGACAUCCACAAACAAGGAACCCAAUUACUCAGAAUCUCGAGAGUAAUGAUAACAUGAUAAGAAGUUCAGUGUCCUUAUCCUUUUGAUUGUAGAAGAAACCCGUUUAUAUAAUCCAAGUUAAUUAGCACCCAGGAAUACAUAGAGAAUCUUUCAUUAACUUUUAUUUCUCUAGGUAUUAGAGUUGCAUUUUAGCAUAAAUAUGUACCAUUAAAGCAGCAUCUUAAAAGCUUGGGAGCAGAACAGAGAGAGAAAGAGAAAGAGAUCCAGGAGAGUUCUGGAUCCAGGAGAUCCAGAAGAGAACAUUUUGAAGAGGAGUUUCCACUCCAAGAAGGCUGUAUUUCAGCUCACCACUUGCCUCAUUUCUGAUAGCAAAAGGAAGACAAUUUUAGUUAAUUGGGGCUUACAUGUAUAAACUCAGAAGACUUAAGAAAGUCAGUGGGGGUAGCUAAACUCAAGCAGGAGUUUUAUGCAUGGAUUAUGGAUUGUGUUGAAAACACCCACCUCCCUUCCUACAAUGUGAACUCUGUAUGGGUCUCUGCCUCAUAAGAACCAAGGGUGGUGGGGACAUGGGAGAGGACAU